CUUCCAAAAUGAUAGAGGACGAACUUGCACUAUUUGAUAAAAGCAUAAAUGAAUUUUGGAAUAAAUUCAAAAGCACUGUCAGUGACACUUCCUGUGGGAUGGUGGGGCUAAGAGACACCUACAAAGACUCCAUCAAAGCAUGUGGAGAAAAGCUGUCCGUGAAAUUAAAGGAAGAAGAACGAAUGGUUGAGAUGUUUCUGGAAUAUCAAAAUCAGAUCUGUAGGCAGAAUAACCUCAUUCAAGAAAAAAAAGAUAACUUGUUAAGGUUGAUUGCUGAAAUAAAAGACAAAAAGCAGGAACUGGAAGUACUGACUGCAAAUAUUCGGGAUCUUAAGGAAGAAUAUGCUAAGAAGAAGGAAACUAUUUCUGCUGCUAACAAAGCUAAUGAAGAGAGGUUGAAAAGACUACAGAAAUCUGCAGACUUAUAUAAAGAUCGACUUGGACUAGAAAUUCGAAAAAUUUAUGGUGAUAAAUUACAGUUUAUAUUCACUAAUAUUGACCCUAAGCAUCCUGAGAACCCAUUUAUGUUUUCCCUCCACCUAAAUGAAGCCAAGGAAUAUGAAGUGUCAGAUAGUGCUCCUCAUCUUGAGUGCCUGGCAGAAUUUCAAGAGAAUGUAAGGAAGACCAACAAUUUCUCGGCUUUUCUUGCCAAUGUUCGGAAAGCUUUUACUGCUAUGGUUUAUAAUUAAUGUAUGAAUAGUAUAUAAAAAUUGUUCAUUUUUCUUCCCUAUUGUGUAUCUCUCUCUCUCUUUUUUUUUAUCAU